UAAGAACGAUGGACUAUUAUGAAGUUUGGGUUACCGUGGCUUUGGCAGGUAAACGGUACUAAAGGUGUGUAAAAUACCGAUCUAAAUUCAUCAAAUAAUAAAGUGUGAUUUUUUGGUAUUAUCUUCAGAAUAUUAUUAAAAAUGACGUUAUUGAUUGCCAGACACUUAACAUCGUGGCAACCCCUUGCCAGACACCCCUAAUGUUCAUGAGGUUAUAAUUCUACUUAUGUUAUAGUAUAAAAGCUGAUUUUUAUAUAUAAUACUUAGGUAAUAAUUAGAUGAUGUUUCCUCAUCAGCCAGACAUUUUUGAUAGUUCCAACCCCUUGCCAGACAAUGAUGUAGGGUUGCUGUAGGAGCGAGCGCGAGACAGUAUAUGUAUGGUGGGUGCGAGUGAGAUGGCGAGAUAGGUCUAUCGUGAUCCCUCACUGCGCAGUUGUUAUUUCUACUGCGCAUGUAUUGUUUAGUACUUAGUACAUGUUUACAUCAGCUAAAAUAAUCUUAUAUGCUAUCCAAGUAUUAUUAAUUUAAUAGUUAUUAUUAAUUAACAACAUAAAAUAUUUCGAAUAUAUACAGACUAUAAAGUAUAUUCAAUAUAUUAUUAGUGUAUGAAACGUACAUUAUAUGCUUACAAUUUGUUUUUGUGAAUUUUAAAUCAAAGUGAUUUUGUUUAAAAAAUUAAGUCAUGGGUGAUACAUUAAUUUGUGUUAUUUGUAAGAAAAGUAGUGGUAAAAUAAUAUUAUUUUCUGAGGAGACAUUGAAAAAAUGUGAAUUAAUUUUAAAAUUGCGAAAAAAACAUAACCUUAAAUAUAAUAACAUCAUUCUUCCACGUGAAUAUACAGAGAGUGGUUAUCACAGGGAAUGUUACAAAUCAUUCACAGGACUGAUGAAAAAAUAUUUUACCCCAGAACCUAAAAAUUCUAAAAAGACUGUUGAAACAGAGCAAGAAAAAGAACCAUCUAAAGACGUAAUUACAUCAACAGACGAUUCAAUACCAGGUUCAUCGCAUUUGUCUGAGUUAACUGUAUCACACCCACCUUCAGCUUCUCAAUCAACAGAACUUCAACCUUCCCAGGCCGCUGUGGACAUUCGCGGACUUGAAGAAGUGAGUGAAAAUGCUAAUGCAACCACAGAAGUAAAUAGUUCGAUACAAAGUGAUACCAGUGUUGAUAUAAGUAAAAAAAUUUGUUUAUUUUGCAAUAAAAAAAAGAGACAAGUGAGAUCAAAAAUGCUUCCACUCCAUGAAGGUGAUAAAAACCAAUUUCAGUCUCGUAUAAUGUCUAGCAUUGAAAAUCAAAAAGAGUAUAAUGAGUUGUUAAGUAGAUUGGAAAGUAUUGCAAGUCCGAAAAUAUACUAUCACACUGACUGUAGGAUUCAGUUUAAUAAUAAAAUAUCUUCAUUGGCGAAAAUAUCUGUUAAAAGUGAUUGGCAUCAUUAUCGAGAGUACCACCAAGAAGCUUUCAAUGAAAUUUGUAGCAUCAUAGAAGAAGAUAUUAUCAACAACGGCCGCUGUCAUUUAUUGAUUCAUUUACAUGAAUUAUAUACUGAUUCAUUGGAGAGAAUUUGUGCAGAGAAUUCCAUUGAAAUAGAUACUACUUUUACUGCACAUCACCUAGAAGAAAAAAUUGAUAAGAAGUUUUCCAAAAAUGUUAAAUUCUUUACAAUCCGGAAUAAAAAAAUAAUAGCACCCAAUUAUAUGAAGACGAUCGACGAAACAGUAUUGGACAACUUAAAAUCUGAAAAUAUUAUCCAAAAAGCGGCAUUAGUCUUACGAAAAACUAUUUUGACAAUGGACAAGAAAAAAUUACCAUCUAAAAAUCUUUCAGCACAGCAUUUAAUUGCAGGUGAAGCUUCUAUACCGCAAGAAUUAUUUGAUUUUUAUUCUACUCUCAUAGGUGGUUCUAGACAGAAACGAAAAAGUGGCUCAAAAUGUAUUCGUCAAGUACGGUCUUACUGUCAAGAUAUUAUUUAUGCAAUUCAUAAUGGUCAAGUCAAGACGUCUAAGCAUAUCACGAUGGGUAAUUUAUCAACACGAGAAUAAUGGUUGGGUUCUCGAAGAUAAUCAGUACCAUUUUAAAUGGUUCGAAGGUGAUCAGUUGCCAAAUUUCGUCAGAGAAUCACUGAAAGCUGUCUCAGAAAUUGACGAAGAAGAAGAAGAAGACGACGAUAUCGAAUGGAGUAACAGUGAUGAAGAAAAUGAUAAUAUUGAUUAUAAUGAUGACAAUGAAUAAAAUAAUAUU